ACUGUUACAAUAAGAGUUAUGAUUAUUUAAUAAAUACUGUUACAGCAUUGAAAUUGAACCCCUAAACUUCAUAUAUUUUCUUAUGAUGAAAGGAUAUUGUGGGAAUUAUUCUCUUAUGGCAUCUUCACAUAAGCCUUUAUUCCUGAAUAUGACUUGGAAACAUGUAAUGCUGACACGGAAAGCCACUUAACUCCUUUGUAAAAUAUUUGCAUCUUUCCGGUUGCUUAACCGCCCAGAUUCUUCCAACACUGACAAAUUUUGCAUUCAGGUUUCUUCUUUCUAUAAAUCGGCAUCAAUCAAUGGACUUUGAUGCAAAGAACACACCUUGGAAUUCUCAACUAGUUGAAGCUGUAGACGCAGCAGUGAUUCAGAAUGAAGAACCAAAUCCAAGGAUCAGUCAUGGGUUUUCCUGUUAGAUCUGUGACAGUGAAAGCUUCCAUUCAUGAACCAAUUGUUGCAUACAGUAGGCCUGCACAAUACGGCGCAUCUCACUUCAAGCAGAAGAAAUUGGACUCCAUCAUUGAUCUGAUAAACAAGUUCAGAAGAAAAGCUGAUAAUCUUGCACAGGGGAUCAGAGAUCAUGUAAGCUUGGGACCAGGAGUCUCUGAAACAGUGAAAGGGAAGUUGAAGUUAGGCACAAGGAUUCUUCAAGCUGGAGGAAUUGAUAGGGUAUUUAAGAAAAGUUUCGCCAUUGUUGAAGAUGAAAAGCUGAUUAAGGCAUUCCAGUGCCUUCUCUCAACCACAGCUGGUCCCAUUCCAGGACUCCUCUUCAUUUCAACAGAGAAAAUAGCCUUCCUCAGCGACCGAUCUCUGGUCUUCAGAUCACCGGAAGGAACUGUUGCCAGGAUUCCUUACAAGGUAUUGAUUCCGCUAAGAAAGAUAAAAAGUGCAAAUAAAAGUGAAGAUUCUAGCAAGCCGAAUCAAAAGUAUAUUCAGAUUGAAACCAUUGAUGAGUUCGAGUUUUGGUUCAUGGGUUUUGUUUUUUAUCAGAGAUCGCUUAAGAAUUUGAAGCAAGUGAUAUCAGAAUCACAAAUGAGCCUUCUGAAGCGAGAUGGAUGAAGAUUAAGGUUAUGAUAUAUGUAGAUAAAAACAGUGAAAUUGCGUUAAGAAAAUUUUGUUAUAAAUGAUAAGAUUGCCACCUAUUUACGGCAAUCCGCUUGUACCACUAAGUUUUUUGAGUUCUCAUCAUGAUUUGUACAGAUUUAUAACAGUACUGCAAGGAAUUGUCUUUGGGAAAUGGUAGCCUGUGUUUUCUUUUUUUCCUUUUUUGUUAGUUUUUUUUCAUUUAAGUACUGUUAUGAUCUGAGUGACUUUAUUGACUGCAUUAAGCUUGAAGUUUACUUGGUUGGAGUUUUAAGGUUUGGUUUCGUUGUGUUUCUCGUGUUUGUUGGAGAACUAAGGAAGUAUCAAUAUGAUGAAUCAAAAAAAAAAGGAAAUUUUGCAUACAUACCACUUAGUUCCUAUGUUUUUACACAAGUAAUAGCUAAACUACAAUUUUUACGUAUGUGCCACCUUAUCUGUGUAUUUCAUUUCUUAAAAGAAA